CAACACGUUCUUUUUAUUAUACUCCCGCGAAAACCCCUUUUAAACAGUGUGUAACUCGAAAUAUAAUAGUGGCGACGAGGAAAAACGUUAUUAAAACGACCGUUUUGCAGUUGAAAUUUCAUUCAUGUAUCAUUAUCAACAACCAUUGGCUUACAAAAUAGCAAAAGACAGAAUGGAUGGACUUCUCAGUCAGUAUCAGCAGUUACGGAAUCAGCGUGUAGCCGCCUAUCCUGAAGUUCAACUGAAUGAUGCAGAUACUAUUGAUUUGCCGGUUGACCCGUAUGUUGAGCCCACAGAUGACACGUAUCCAGCACAGCAGGUACCAGUCGAGAACGAGCCAGCUUUUUACGAAUUAGAACCACAAGAGCCAAUCGCUGAUGAGCCCACACAUGUUGUUCCAGCUGUUGCGUCAACCUUAACUCCAUCGAAAAAGAAGGUUCAAAUUGAUUCUGCCGAAGAGGUGGAACAGGCGGGACGCCGCAAUCCAGCAACCAAUUCUGCUGGUCCCAAUGCUUACUUUCCAAUCAACUUUGGAGGUGUCAACAGUGGAGCCGUUGCCGUUGCAAAUUCGUACAGUACCGGAGAGGGUGGUUCAUCUAUUAGCACAGCAACCGCAUAUGGAAGGCCAGUAAAUGCUGAAUUUCUUCAGCUGAAGAGAAGACCCGCCAAGAGUCGGCACUAUUAGACAAGACAAAUGUGACAACCACUCGUAGUUCCAUAGGCAUUAUACAAAUCAACUAUGUAUACAAUAUUGUGCACAACUAUCUAAAUUUCCAGU